UGCUCCACAUUGCUGUGUACCGUGUGCAAAAUAUUCGUACCUUCUCAACGAACACCGGGUUUUGUAAUAGCAAAAUAUCGUAAUUUAUAUACUGUCAUUACUAAACAAUUAUUAAAUAUGUCUAUCAAGGCAGUUUGUGUACUUAAAGGCGACAGCGAUGUGACCGGAACUGUUAUUUUUUCGCAAGAGGGUGAGGGCAAGCCAGUAACUGUGACUGGGGAACUGCGAGGACUGGCUCCAGGCAAACAUGGCUUCCAUAUUCAUCAAUUUGGAGACAACACAAGUGGCUGCACUAGUGCAGGACCUCACUUCAAUCCUGAUGACAAGGAUCAUGGUGGGCCAACUGACGCAAUCAGACAUGCAGGUGACCUUGGCAAUGUUGAAGCAGGCGCCGAUAAUGUGGCCAAGGUGGAUAUUCAGGACAGCCAAAUAUCCCUGACCGGACCCAAAUCCAUUAUCGGCAGAACAGUUGUGGUGCAUGCUGAUGUUGAUGACCUUGGCAAAGGAGGUCAUGAACUCUCCAAGACAACAGGCAACGCUGGUGGGCGCCAAGCAUGCGGAGUCAUUGGCAUCGCAAAAUCAUAGGCUCCAUAGCAGUAACCUGCCACAAUGUCGCAUUGAAUGUUUGUUGUUAUCUCUCUAUUCCAGGUCUUAUUUUCUCUAUUUCUGGUGUUUUGAUGGUUGAUUUUGUUGUUGUAAGAUAUAUUUCAGAAAAAGAACAACAAUGGGAAUAUUAUAAUUAAUAUGCACAUUUCAAUUUAAAAAAUUGUCCUUGAUAAUUCACAGAUUUAGCAAUCUGCAGUUUGUUUAUAUUUGCACAGUGUAAACAUUCCUUUAUUAUUCAUAUAUUAGUAUAAACACCUAUGUUUAAUAAGAUUUUACAUACACCAUGUGGAUGGACAUUUUUGACUUAAUGACACAAACUUUGAAGUAGAAAUUAAAUGUUUCAUCAAUUAUUUUCCUCAACCUUUGUUUCUUAUUUCGUAUGAAUGAUAAUUUGAGUUAAUUUAUAGUUUGUAAGUGAAUGGCCAAAUAUUAAGAUGAAAACUAUUCGGGAUGGACUUAAAAAGAGCACAGAUAUCAUUGGUUUUUAAAGGAUUUCUGUGAAAUAAUGACUGUUUUAUAUUGUAUGUUUGUUGCUGACUCAAUAUUGCCAUAAUUAAUUACAGGUAUUCAUAUAUACUUUUAAUUUAGGAUUGCUUUAUUGUUUACAACCUUAGCAAUGCUUCAAUGCAAUACAAGCAAUGCUUUCAAUGCAGUUUUAGUAUGUAUGUGUAAAGUUGUUAAAAUAUAGAAAACAAAACUAAAUCAUGUAAAAACAAAUCCUGAUUGUUGUUAUGGCUUUAAGUGCUAAAACUUGUAAAAAGAACUUGUGACUUUAUUUAAGAUUGUUACAAUUGUUGUGUCAGAUUGAUACUUUUGUGAAAUAAAAUAUAUAAGCUGAA